CUUUAUAAAAAAACUUCCCAGGCGAGCCCAGGAGCGGAGAGGGACCGCUGCAGGCUGCGAAGAGAGACGGAGGGCGACCCGCUGAUUUCCUUUUCAAAGACGCUGCAUCUCCUCCAAAGCCAGGAUGGAGGCUCCGGUGUGCCUGAUUGAAAACACACCCAAUGGCCUCCACGUUUCUCCGGAGGCCCUUCGGUUGCUCUCGGAAAUCCGGCAGCCAGUGGUGGUGGUGUCCAUCGUGGGACUGUAUCGCACGGGCAAGUCCUACCUGAUGAACAAGCUGGCUGGCAAAAAUUCAGGUUUCUGUUUGGGCUCCACAGUGCAAGCAAAAACGAAAGGAAUCUGGAUGUGGUGCGUUCCCUAUCCGGACAGGCCUAACCAAACCCUUGUCCUGCUGGAUACUGAGGGAUUAGGUGACGUGAGAAAGGGCAGUCCUCAAAAUGAUACCUGGAUCUUCGCUUUGGCCGUGUUGCUGAGUAGCACCCUCGUCUACAACAGUAUUGGGACUAUUGAUCAGACUGCUCUGGACAAGCUUCAUUUUGUGACAGAGCUGUCUGAACAUAUCAAGACCAAGGCUUCCUCCAUUCCUGGAGAUAGAAAUGAUACUUCUGAAUUCGUUGGCUUCUUCCCAGCUUUUGUCUGGACGGUGCGAGAUUUCACACUGCAGCUGGAACAUGAUGGGAAACCCAUCUCGGAGGAUGAUUAUCUCGAACAUGCUCUGGAAUUAAAAACAGGGAACACCGAAAAGGAGCAGACAUUCAAUCUGCCACGCAAAUGCAUCCGGCUAUUCUUCCCCACCCGGAAGUGUUUCGUCCUUGAAUGCCCUACUAAAAGGAAGAAGUUACCUUUCCUAGAACAGAUGGAGGACAGUGAGCUGGAGCCUGAAUUUGUGGAACAAGUGAAGAUGUUCUGUCGUUACGUCUAUUGGACUUCUCGAGAGAAGACUCUUCCAGGCGGGCACGUUGUCACUGGCAACUUGUUGGCAAAGUUAGCCAAGGGCUAUGUGGAUGCAAUCUCUAGUGGGAACGUUCCCUGCCUGGAGAAUGAAGUCUUGGCCUUGGCGGAGAUUGAGAACAGGGCAGCCUUGCAGGAAGCUGUUGCUUGCUAUGCACAACUGAUGGAGCAAAGCAUGGAGCUACCCACUGAGACUCUCCAGGAACUCCUGGAUGUACACAAAAAAUGUGAGGAACAAGCCCUCAAGAAGUUCAUGGCUCGUGCCUUUAAGGAUGAUAAACGUCUGUUCCAGGCUGAAUUCAUGAAAACUGUGGAUAGCAAAAAGGAAGAGUACUGCAGGAAAAAUGAGCGGGAAUCUUCUAAAAUCUGUUCAGCUUUAUUGAAUUCACUCUCUGAGAACCUGGAGCAGAACAUCAAGAACGGAAGCUACUCCCGAUCUGGUGGCCACCAGGAAUUUGUAAAUGACCUCCAAAAAGUGGAGAAACAAUUUUUGGAGACACCUAAGAAAGGAAUAAUGGGAGGGAAUAUCCUGAAAGAAUUCCUCCAGAGCAAGGAAAACAUCAGCAAAACCAUCCUUCAAAGUGAUGUGAGCCUUCAAGAGAAAGAGAAGGAAAUAGAAGAGGAAAAAAUGAAGGCCAAAGCCAAAGAACUAGAGGAUGAGGUCCUGAGGCAGGAAAUGAAAAUGCUCCAACAGAAGGUGGAGGACCAGAAACAGAGUUAUGAGAUGAACCAACAGAAGCUAAUGGAGAAGAUGGAGGAAGAAAGGAAACAGAUGAAGGAAGAGUAUGAGAAGAUGAUGCAAAGCAAACUCAGGGAACAGAAGGCUUUAUUGGAAGAGGGUUUCUGGAAGGACGCAGACCAACUGAGCAAGGAAAUCCAGCAGCUCAAAACCGAAAAGGAAGCUGCGGAAGGACCAAGUUGGCUCGACACAACUCUUGACUUAUUUAAAACUGCACUAAAUAUUGCAGCACCCAUACUUUCUACGGUUUUUCUCACACGUGACCGAAAAAAGUAGGAGCAUGGUCGCCAGGCAACUGGACAACAUCGUGAUUGGAUCAUGUGACAGAUUCUUUGGAGUG